AUGUUCGCGACCUGGAUUUUCGUACCCGAAUACAAAGAACUCUUCGAGCAAUCCUCGCGGUGCCUGGAUCUGGAUGCAAAGUUGCACGACGUCGACAAGAUCCAGAAGGAGCUCGAGGAGGAGCUCCAACGCGCUGCAUCUGGCAAAGAGAUGCUGCAGAAGGAGUUGGACUCUAUCACCCGUCAGUACAGACGUUUGAAGGUCGACGCCUGUGUUGAGGCCGUCCGUGUGCUGAAGAAGGAGAAGGCCACCCUCAGCAAGGACGGCAUCAAGCAUGCUCAGGAGAUCAAGGCCUUGGAAGAUGCCAUGGACUUCAUCGACAACCAUCACUUCCAUGUUUGCAUGAGAAUGAUUGAGAAUAUGUCCGUGCAGUAG